AUGUUCCAGCAAUUAUUAUCAGUGGCCCAGUAUUGCCAUCAGAGACACAUAGUACUUCAGGAUCUGAAGCCGGAGAACAUUUCUCUAGAUGGCGGAGCCAAUCGCAGCGCGGGGCGGAGCCUCCAGAGGCGCGCGUGCGCCGGCUGCGGGCCAGCUGGGCGCGAUGGACCGGCCCUUCCCAACGCCCCGAGUCUGGCGCAGCCGCUGCCGGCCGAGCUGUGCUCCGAGGAGGAGCUCUAUGACUGCCCCGAUUACUACUACCUGCGCGACUUCCCGGCCGGUGGGGCCGGACACAGCAAGGGCCGCACGCGGCGCGAGCGGGAACUGCGCACCAACUGGCCGGUGCCUGGCGGCCACGAGCGCAAAAUCGCACAGAAGCUCCUCAACGGCCAGCGCAAACGGCGCCAGCGCAAGCUGCAGCCCCGGCCGCGCACUCGCCUCGCCUGCGCGCCGGAUACCGAAGGACCUGAUAAAAAAAAGUCUUUUCUUUGACUCCAGCUGCAACUGGUCUUAAGGGGAGAGAAUCCAUGUUGGUCAACAGAAUUUGGUUUUGGCAUCGCUUAAGUUUACUGCUUCAACGGCCAGACUCUGGUUGUUAAGUAACAUCCAAGUGGGUAUGCCUUUUUAGGGUUUUUAAUUAAAAGAGAGCAGCAGCAAGAGUGGCAUUUUAACUCUUCUAGUGUUUUUUUUUUUUUAGUUGCUACAGUAACUAGUUUUAAGUCUACAAAUAUUUGCAUUCUUCUUCCUAAAGUAAAGGUCACAAAGAUGAAUGGGGGGAGGAGAACAAAGAUAGGAAUUUGUACAAGAUUUCAACUCAAGUGUGCAGGUUUAAUAUUUAUUUUCCAAGAAAAGAAGUACUUUAAAUUGUAAUAGUGUCUGUUGAACCUAGUUGCUAGGUUCUCUGCACUUCACAUGGCACAACAAUCCUUUAAGGUGGACACUAUCUCCAUUUUAGAGAGGGGAUUCUUGAGGCUCAGAGAGUUCACAUAUCUUUCCAGAGGUUGCACAGCUGGUUAGAAAGAAGAUGGGCAUCACAGAUACUUUUGUAAAGCAUUCGCUCUUUCCAGCAUCACAAUUUUCCUCAACUGUAGACAAUGUUAUGUGGUUCAGACCAACCACAAACCUCCAUGUCCAAGGAAAAAAGUUGAAUUUUAGUUUUAAAAUUAUACAGAAUAUGGCCGGGUACCUUUCCUUUAUCUUCACUCUGCAUUCAUUCAGCCCUUGGCACCCAGUGGUGAAUCCAUGGUUAGGAGAGAAAGGUGUGUACUGGAAGGAGCAAUCUGAAUAUUAAUCCUAGCUGUGACCACCACUCUAGCAGUCAGCAAACUUCUGAGUGGCAACUACUUUCAAGUUCCAAGUCUCAGGUUUCUCAUUUGUAAAAUGGGAAUAAUAUUGGAUUACCUUGCCAAAUUGGAUUAUAGAUAAAAUAUAUGAAACAUCCGACACAGUUAAGGGCCUGACACAUAAUAGAUGCUCAAUAAAUGGUAACUACUUUUAAGUUUACAGAAUACAGUCCUUCCUCUCUGGUUACAAAAUCUUUUUUAUUUCACUCACUACAUUAAUUCUUUUCAAUAUCUCCAACAUCAGGCAGUGUGUUAUGGUAGGAAUCGCUUUGGAGUUAAACUAUACUGACUUGGUCAAGUUGCUUAAACUCUAGAUUAAUCUACCAGAAGACUGUUUUAAUCAUAUAAACCCCUCAAUCUUAUAGGAUAAAAAGCCUAGAUAUCUUACAUUGUGCUGGAAAUCAUCUAUUGGAUUUUCUUAAGUUUUGACACAACUUCCAAAAAAACACUGAUUCUUGCUUGAUACAGGUCUUCUGUCCUCUAAACUCACCAUAAUUCUUUUUUUUAAAAAUAUAUUUUAUUGAUAUUUUACAGAGAGGGAGAGAGAGGGAUAGAGAGUUAGAAACAACGAUGAGAGAGAUACAUCGAUUCAGCUGCCUCCUGCACACUCCCCACCGAGGAUGUGCCCGCAACCAAGGUACAUGCCCUUGACCGAAUCGAACCCGGGACCCUUCAGUCCGCAGUCCGACGCUCUAUCCACUGAGCCAAACCGGUUAGGGCACUCACCAUAAUUCUUCAUUUGAAUCUGUGCUGUUGUAUUUAGCAUACUAUUUCCCCCUUUACAGUUUUAAUCUUGAAACUAAUUCCACCUAUAAUUAUUUAAAUGCCACUUUCUUUCUGAAGCCUUCACAUUGAUUGUCCAUUCUUUGAAAUCCUGUAGAACUUCACAUAAGCACCCCUUAGCUACUUGUUCAUAUAAUACUUUGUAUUUUUAGAUGAUGAGUUAAAAAAAUUUAUUCAUUCUUUUUUGUCUGAUAUGUGCAAAGCACUGUAUUUAUAUGUCUUAGUUAUAAAAAACAACCACUACAUUUAGAGUAUAAGAACCUUAAUGUUUCAAACAUUUCAAUUCCUGCUGUAAAGUACAGCAUACUCAGACAGACAUAAGCCAUGUUAAAGCAACACUCUAAUGUGUGUUAACUAGAUUUUGCUCAUUUUAGAUACUAGAAUGUUUACAAUUUAAAUACAGUAAUUGUAGAAA